AUGCUCAAGUUGGCCGCUAACAGGAAGGGAAUCACCGGCCGGCUGUUCAGCGCCGGCUACAAAUACUUCUCCAAGGCGUGGUACAACGACCUCACCUCGGGCCUGAUUUACGAGCAAGUAGCCCGGAUCGUCCUGCCCCGCCAGGCGGCGCUAUACACCAUCCUGGCCGCCCAUUGCUACGCCUCUGCUGAGCAGAACUGGCUCUCAAAGGUCUGCCUCCAACGGGCGCCCCAGUUCGUCGGCUGGGCGCGGAUCAAAGACUACGUUGACCACAAGAUGGCUCGCAUGGCUGAGCUCGACCGACCCCCGGAACUUGUUGCCAAAUCGUUGCUGCCAGUAAAGCUGUUCGAGGCAAAAAAUGCAGCUUAG